AUUCGCCAUUUUUCUAUUAAUUUCCUUUCUUUUUUUCUCCCUCACCUUUUCCCCCCUCACCCCUCCCCACACGCACAACAACCUCUUCCUGCUACGGUGCCGGUAGACCAACUGUACCGGCCACAUUGCCACCCGACGUUAUUUCGUUUCAUUUUAUUUCUUGUAAAUGACCAGCAAGCUCCUAGCCCUCCCAACCGACAUUCUCAUCUCCAUAAUCGUGCACCUGCCCACGGCCUCGUGCCUAACUCACCUCUCGCAGACGUGCAAGUCCUUGCACGCCUUCAUAUCCGCCGAGGGCUGGCGCGUCUUCGUGCAAUGCCAACAUGCCGGCUUCCACGCGAAGGUGACCAAGGCGCUGCCGCACGGCAAGCCGGCUCCUACGUGGAACCGGUGGGCGGAGGAGCUGACAGUGACGCGCAGCAACUGGGACAACUUUGGCUUCCUCGCGAGCGGCCUGUUCGUCGAGGGCAAGUGGCGGAGCCGGAGGAAGAAAAAGGAGGAGGAGCGGAGGCUGGGUCUGCAGCGCCGGGCGCGGGAGGACGCGUGUGUGCCUGUUAUCGACCUCUGGGAGGAGUGGGCGGGCGGCGAGGAGGUGCUUGUUGUGGGCGCUGGGGUGAACAUGAUGGUGAGGAAGAGGAGGAGGCAUGGGCGGGGUGAUGGGUGGUGGAGGUAUGAGGGAGUUGGUGCCGGUGCCGGCGCUGGCGCUGGGAGCGGCAGGAGGGAUAUGGAUGGGGGGGAAGAUGAGGGAACUGGUGGGGUGGAGGGCGGCGAGGGUGGGGAAGAGCCGACCCUCUUUGAGAUUUUUAAUGCGAAGCAUCGCGCAGAUUACCUCCGCAGCUGCAGGGACAGCCAGCAGGAUUACACUACCGUCCACCUUUUGGGCUCCCAGGGCCGGGAGAACGCCGAGAUCGCCGUUGUCGGACGAGCUUCUGGCGCACUGGAAAUGGUAAAAUUGACCACGGGCCCCGGAAGGGCCGGGAGAAUGAGUGUGCUGGGACGAUUCGAGACCUCGGCGCGCAAGAGCGAGUGGAGUCCCAGGAUGGGCAAGUACACCUCCAUACUCCCGUACGCUGGUUCCGGGGACCAGCACGGCCUCAUGAGCGCUGGUGCGAGGACCGGCCUGACAUCGAGGUUUGCGCUUUACAGGGUGCGUAUCCCCUCCAACGACGAUUUUCGGGUAACGCCCGAGGCGCCGGUGUCGGAGGUUGAGAUGAGUGCUGGCGAUGGUGAUAUCUGGAGCACGAAUUUGCUCUCGCCGGAGUAUUUGGCCGUCACAAAGACUAAUAGCCAUGAGAGCCCUUUGUGUGUCUACGCAAUUGCUCCGGAUGGGAUUCGGAAGAGGCCCAUGAUGUCUUUUCCCGAUCCGUUCGGGUUCGGAGGGAGUACGGAUGCUACCGCUACGGCCCGUUUGGAAAGUUUUGCGGGGGAGUUUCCCUCUGGGCAGGUCUUCUUGAGCGCGUGGUCCGGUGGUGACUUGAGGUAUUAUCUAUUCCACUACUACUUUGCAGCCUGCACUUGA